AAAAACCCACCCACUUGGCCCUACCCCCUGGCCCUGGCGCCAUGACGAGUGGCCUCCCUGCCCUGCUUCGCUCGGCUGGGCUGCUGGCGUUUGUCUUCCUGCUACUCACCUGGCUGAAGAAGAGGCGCGACAGAGACAGAGAUGCAUUGACAGGCAGUGCCACCGCUUUGAGCUCUUUGGAUUGCAAGGUUGCUACCCAUUCUGAUGCCUGGAGGCCGAUCCCUCCCAAACCGAAGCGCCCGCCGCCAAAGCCCAAGAACCGGUCUGAGGAAACGACACCUGUUGUCGGCAAGCUGCCUGGUGGAGGAUGAUUUUGACAGAACUCAAACCCUGCGAUGCAGCAGGGUUUGGAAGUGGAAAAAUCCACGGUAGAACGGAGAGUAGUGGGUCGCUGGGGCUGAGUUUCAAGGUGAAAUUUGAAGCUCUGCUUUAUAGAACUUCGAAGAAUGGGAGCAGCUGGGAGCAAAGAAA